GACAAAACUAAAACAGCUCAUCCAUGUCACCCCUGGCACACAAGGUUUUGAACAGAAAUGACUCGAGUUUAAAGCAUUUGUGAGAAGGAUAGCCAAGAAGAGAGAGAAUGGAGAUGCUGAAUUCAUCGCAGACCACCAACAUCACCAGUGGUAAUAACACCAACCUCAGUCAGUACACGCCUGUGGAGAAGGCUCUCAUCAUCCUGCUGACUGGAUCUUUGAGUCUGAUCACUGUCACUGGAAACAUCCUGGUCAUGCUCUCUAUAAAGGUAAAUAGGAACCUGCAGACUGUCAACAACUACUUCCUGUUCAGCCUGGCAUGUGCAGACCUCAUUAUUGGCAUCUGUUCCAUGAACCUCUACACUGUUUAUACUGUGAUUGGCUACUGGCCAUUGGGAGCAGUGGUGUGCGACCUGUGGCUGGCUGUCGAUUAUGUUGUCAGCAAUGCCUCAGUCAUGAACCUGCUCAUCAUUAGUUUUGACCGUUACUUCUGUGUCACAAAACCACUCACUUACCCAACACGCCGAAGCACCAAGAUGGCAGGCCUGAUGAUUGCUGCAGCUUGGGUCUUGUCCUUCAUUCUUUGGGCUCCUGCCAUUUUGUUCUGGCAGUUCAUUGUGGGUGGGAGAACUGUGCCACCAGAUGUUUGCUAUAUACAGUUCUUCUCAAACCCAGCGGUAACAUUUGGGACAGCCAUAGCAGCUUUCUACCUGCCAGUGGCCAUUAUGAUCCACCUUUACUGGCGCAUCUCCAAAGCCAGUCGCAGCCGUAUGAGGAGGGACAGCAGGAAGACCUCAGGUACCAGUCUGGGAGAAGGUCUCUCUAAUAGCCAGGAGGAGGGAUGUGAGAGCCAGAGCAACUGCAUCACAACAAGAGAAGCGCAGAAAAAGGCUGGAGAUGGGAAGGAGAAGGCAGUGUUGCAUAAGCGCAACGGCAGUGGCCGCUGCACGAAAGAAAAUCCCAACCAGGGGGACUUGAUGGCAGAAAGCAUCCAUGCUUCAACGUCUAAAGACACAGCUGUGGUCCUUGUGGCAUCACAUAAAGGACUGAGUGUCCGGAAUAAGACUAAUCAAACACAGCCACCGUUCCUGGAAAAUGCAGUUGCUGACAGACAAUUUCUGGCAACAAGGACACUGUUUAAGGCAACAAAGCAGAGCGCAGUGGCAAAGUGGAAAAAGAGGGGCAUUUCCUCCAGGGAGAGAAAGGUGACCCGUACAAUCAUGGCCAUUCUGGUUGCUUUUGUCGCCACAUGGACGCCGUACAACGUGAUAGUCCUGAUCAACACCUUCUGUUCCACCUGCAUCCCAAACUCACUCUGGACCAUUGGCUACUGGCUCUGCUACAUCAACAGCACCAUCAACCCAGCCUGCUACGCCCUUUGCAACACCACUUUCAAAAACACAAUCAAGCACCUGCUUCUGUGCCAGUAUAAAAAAAUACGUGCAGCACGGUGGGGGUGAGAAUGCUAACUGAUGCUUGUGAUGGAGUCAAAAUACUGUGAUAAAUCUUGUAAACUGAGACGACGACUACUGGAGUGAAACAUAGACUAGACGUGCUCUUAUUGUGCACAUU